GCUUCAGUAAGUGGUGAAAAUGACUUGUGCUAGUAAAAAGUCUGUCGGAGCUGUUCUACUGGAAUUGGAGGAUUUUGGGCAAAUCACCGAUAGCAGCGGAAAUGAAGUGACUAUAAAACGCUUUACUUGGACUAAUUCGAACAAAGUAAGUGUCCAGCUUAUUACCUAUGGAGGGUACAUAACAUCUGUCAAAGUACCUGACAGCAAGGGCAACGUAGACGACGUCGUCAUAGGAUUUGACACUUUGGAAGGUUAUUUGAGUACCAAAAAUACUUAUUUUGGAGCCACCAUUGGGCGAUGUGCCAACAGAAUCAAGAAAGGUCUCAUGACAAUCGAAGGGGUGACUUACCAACUGGCAACCAAUGACGGACUGAACCAUCUUCAUGGAGGAAUCAAGGGAUUUGACAAAGUGAUCUGGGACUACUACGUGGCAGGUAACAAGGUGGUUUUGAGUUAUCAUGGGGCUGAUUUGGAGGAAGGGUACCCUGGCGAUGUCGUGGUGAACGUGACGUUUGAACUGACAGGCAACAACGAACUUGUAAUCGACUACAAAGCCAGCACUAGUAAGCCAACGGUGGUGAACCUGACGAACCACUCAUAUUUCAACUUAGCUGGGCAUGACAAAGGUGCUACCGAGCUCUACAAACAUGUCGUUUCUAUAAACGCAGACAAAAUAACCGAGGUUGAGAGUGAUGGCAUUCCAACAGGUAACCUUCCUACCGUUUCUGGAACAGUCUUUGACCUGCGGAUCCCAACCGUCUUAGGAGACGUUAUCCAGAAGGUACCAAAUUCUCCAGGUUACGACCACAACUUCUGCGUUACUAAAGGCACAGAGGAAGGAAAUACAUUUGUAGCAAAAUUUACUCACCCUGAUAGCGGUAGAACCCUAGAAGUUUACAGUAACCAGCCGGGUGCUCAAUUUUACACCGGCAACUUUUUGCCUGAGGAUGAUUCAUUGGUAGGAAAAGGAGGGAGUAUCUACAGGAAACAUGGGACUUUUUGUUUAGAAACCCAGAUUUAUCCGGAUGCUAUUAAUAAUCCUCAAUUUGGAAAGUCUGUGUUAUACCCGGGUGAAGAGUACCAUCACUCUGCAACUUUCAAAUUUUUGGUUUCAUGAAGGUUUAUGUUUGUUUCAUAUUUUUAAUAUAGCUUUGAAAUAUUUCUGA